AUGGGCAUCAAGAACAAUCUAGCUGUUGUUCUCCUGUUGGGACUCGCAGCUGCUGACGACCAACCAGCCGGUCUGUUAAAUGCUGUCGAAAGCGUAGUGACAGCAAACGCAAGUCCUAUCCAUAAUGGAAUCGAAUCGCUUCUGUCACAAGCCGGCUCUCUGCUCCAGAGUCAAUCUCCUUCGACGACUACCGAUUUGGCUUCACUGACAGGGCCCACGACGGUGGUGAUUGGAUCACAAACCUACACCAUUCCAUCAAUCGAAACUUCGCUUUCGACUCCAUCUUCCACAAGUCCUUCUUCAGCAAUCGCAUCGACUACUGAGAACGCGAGACCGAUUCUGACAUCCACGGCAUCAACCACGCUAUCGAGUGCAACUUCCGCAUCGUCGUCAAAGCAGUCUUCACAAACGAAUAAUUCGGGAGACAAACGAUUGGGCAUCAUUCUCGGCGUGGUUCUGGGCUCGAUUGCGAUUGCUAUCGGAGCAUUUCUGAUCUGGUUCCUGCACCGACGUCGCAAGAACACGGGGACAUUCUUCAAGAACAGACCAUCGAGUCCUUCAGACACUGAAGUUUCCUCCUGGCGCACCAACGGAGAAGCCGAAAAGUAUGGACGCCGUAGCGAUGCACCGCCGUUGCUUGAGCCCCAAAUGGCUGCUCAUGGUGGUGGUGGUGGUGGUGGCUACGCGACCAGAACAUGGACCAACGACGACGAUGACAUGAAUCUCGGCUACCACGGCUACAGACUCGACGACCACCACGGACCUGCCGAACUAUCUGCUGAGCGAUCCGAGCGUGGAUCCUUCCAACGAACAGCAACACUGGAAGACAACGACCAAUACGCCGCACACGGCAGACAAGACCGACCACCCACGCCCUUCUCUCCAGACUCCUUUGGCGCCACAAUCGCCAGCCCCGUCAGCCCCAUCGAGCAAGAACCCCAAAGACGUCGCAGCAGCAGCGGGUUCUGGCCUGCUCCUCCUCCCCGCCACAGCGCAGAAGGAUACCGCAACCUCGACAGAUCCCCCGUGUCUCAUCAACCCUCACUUGCCGCUCUGGCCGGGUCGGUAGCGCAGGAUUACCCUCACCCUUACUAUCAGAAUCCGUUUGCGAGCCAUGAAGACUAUGAGCUACAGGAUGGAUAUGCAGAUGUUUACCACCAUGGAGAAGGGCCUUUGACACCUGAUAUCCCCUCGCGCAGCCCCAGACGUCAGAGUACGCCGAUGGUGUACUAUCCGAGUUCCGACGAGUUGGGCAAGUUCAACUUUGGCGUUGCUGGAGAUGGCAGACCACAGCGGAGACCGAGUGAACUUGGAGCAUGA